CGGGGGGGGACCAUGGAUGUCAUCAGUGUCCAGCAGUUGGUAAGUGGAGAAAGAGAAGAAAGGAAAGUGCUGGGAUGUGGACAUGGAGGUCCCAGAGGCGUGCCAGGCGACUGGAGGCUGGGACCCCAGGAGGCCGUGGCCCAGGAGAGGCAGAAACUGGAAGAAGAGAAGAGGAUGCGACUGGAGAGAUUUAAGAGUUCCAGGCUUAAUCUGGACACUCUGGCUGACUUGGAAAACUUGGUUCAGAGACGAAGAGAAAAGCGACUGAAACGCAGAGUCCCCCCCAGGGCGCCGGAGCCUGUGGUUAAGCCCCAGGCCCAGCCCAAGUCCGUGGACCUGGAGAUGUUCCUGAAGGCAGCAGCUGAGAACCAGGAGGCCCUGAUUGACAAGUACCUGUCAGACGGAGGGGACCCCAAUGCCUGUGACAAGCUCCACCGCACGGCCUUGCACUGGGCCUGCCUGAAGGGUCACGGCCAGCUUGUGAACAAGCUGCUGGAGGCAGGGGCCAUUGUGGACACUCGUGACUUGCUGGACAGGACGCCUGUGUUCUGGGCCUGCCGUGGAGGACACCUGGACAUCCUCAAACAGCUGCUUAACCACGGAGCCCAGGUCAACGCCCGGGACAAGAUCUGGAGCACCCCCCUGCACGUGGCCGUGCGCAUGGGCCACUGCGAGUGCCUGGAGCACCUCAUCGCGUGCGGAGCCCACAUCAACGCGCAGGACAAGGAGGGGGACACAGCUCUGCACGAGGCCGUGCGGCACGGCCACCACAGGGCCAUGAAGGUGCUGCUGCUCUACGGAGCUCAGCUGGACGUGCAGAACCAGGCUUUGGCGACCCCAGUGCAGCUGGCCCGAGACUGGCAGCGGGCCAUCCGCGAGGCUCUGCAGGCUUACGUGGGGCAUCCCCGCAGUCGGUGCUGACGGCCGCAGACCUGCAGCGCCCCACAGCCACCAUUCCACCCCGUCUCCUCCCACCCUCACACUGUCUGUGGCUCUGACCUCGGUCCUGAUUGCUCAGGCCUCCAGGGCAGCCCUGUCGGUGCUGAGCAGCAGCUCAGAGCCGGGCUGCAGGGAGAGGCAGCAGCUCCCUGCUGGAGAGGCUGGAGCAGAACCCAGGAGGGUCCAGACAAGGGACAGCGGAGACUGGUGUUCCGGAUGGAGCAGAAGCUGAAGAGGCCUAAGCCUCCGCCGAGGGCUGGUGCUAGACGUCCCUGGUGCCCAGUGAGCCUCCAUCAAGGAGGCUGCUCUAGCUCCUACCUUCCAAGGGCGUCGUUUCCUGUUGGGUGGUGACUCAGUGCACACUGGCCAGUGCCCUUGGACAGGGGUUUCCCAGUGACUCUUCCUGGUGGUGUCUGGAGUGGCUCUGGACAGCUGUUCCUAGGGACUCUGAUGUCAGGUCUGGAGGGGCUGUUCAGCAGGUCUGAGGCCCCAUGAAAGUCCAGUACCAACCUGGUUGCCACAGAAGCCCUAAGACUGAGGAGCUGGAGCUAAACUUACUUGAGAAAACCCUUGUGCCCACUGUUGAAAGGCUCCAGUCAGGCCUGCCCUGACCCCUCUCUCGGCCAGCUGGUAACUCCUUGUAAAGGUGAAGUGCCUGGGUGCUGGGGUUACUUGUGGCCCACUCAGCUUUUGGGGUGGUGGCCCGUAACCCUACUUUGCCACAGGCGCUAGCGCCACCCUGGCACCGGAGUUGAGCCCUUACCUACACCUGCAGCGGCUGUCGCCUCACCUCCGAGGCAGGACCCGGGCCCAGCACACCUGUGAAGGGAAGCACAGGAGCACAGCUGCUCCUGCCCCAGCUGCUAACUGGUGGUACAGCUAGGACCCAACUGGACGCACUCCCCAAAUGGACCCUCCUUUUCCACUGUCCAGGUUGUGCUGGUAGACAUGCUCCCGGCAGGGCUGGGUCCGUUGGUGCCAGAAAGGGAGCCUUGAAGAGCUGAGCUGUGGGUGAGGGGUUGGCUCCAGGAUGAAGGUGCAGCCCCUCACUGCGCACUGACCUGGGCAGACAUCCGUUCCACAACACUUCUCUCUCUGACGUGACCGCCUUCUCAGGCCAGGGAAAGGCUGUUCUCACUGCGCGACCAAGCUGACCAGAGCCCCACACCUUCCCUCCCCAUGGGCAGCCCUGCCCUGUGGGGACAGAGCCAGCUUUCACCCAGAUGCUGGGGCCCAGUGAGAAACGGGCCCUCUAGUCCA